GCCGUACAAAAAAUAAACCUGAUAUAAACGAUUACUCUACAAGUUUCUCAAUUCACCCAUUUGAAUUUGUGCUCCUUGUGUAGUCUCAAUGGUUUGAAUGUUACUUGUCUGUUUGUGCGUAUUUUAACGUGUUGUGCCUGAUAUUUCACAGAAAAUAAGAAAUUAUUUGAAAGAAAUGUCGCGCACUUCGCAGAGCGUGCGUCGUCAACUGCAGCGACUGAUUGCACGAUUUAAGUUUGAAGAAUUAGAAUUAGCAGUGCUACCCAUUUUUCCUGAAUUGACGUGGAACAAUUUGAGGUCGUUGUUGAUGAAGCAUCAUCAAAAUUUUACAACUCGUGCAUCUAUUAGCAUCAUCGAACAAAUUAUAACAACUGCAAAAAUUGGAAACAAUGACUUAAGAGAUCGACUAUCAAUCCUAGAAGUGAUAGAGGUGAGUCGGCAUUCGAAUCAAAGAAUUUGGACAUGUCACGAAUUGCGUGGCGAGACCGUGACAAUGUCUGGUUUUCAAUCAGACAGCGAAAUUCGAGAUAGAGUUACAAAAGAAUUUUUGAGAAGUGUGCAGAAUAUGGAAGUGCAAAUUACGUCAUACAAUGGGAUAACUUUUUUGACACUACGAUCAAGCAAAAGGUCUACAAGUCGACGAGUCAAAAAUGUUGAAACUUUAUAUUUUGCCUUUUGUAAAGGAGAAAAAUAUUUCUUCAGUGGGAAGAAAAAUAUGGGCAAAAAUUAUUUACUGGCUAUGGCGCAAGCUUUGGGCUAUACCAAUACAAAGCCUGGCAAACUGUCAGGUAGAGAUUUGAAAUCGCUGAUAAAGCUGCUUAGGGCGAAACAGCAAGGAGCGAUGAACAGCAAAAAUAUAUCUCUUCCUCCUGUCUAUCCAGGGUUGCAGCCUGUAGUUCGAAGCACAGGUAUAGACUUUACUGAAUCAAAACAAAGAGGGGAAUACAUAGAUAAAUGUUUUGGGACUGAGGCCCCGAAAACUGAGAUGCUGGCUGUUAAUAUUGCUUCUGAAGUGUGGGACUGUCCGGAGUUAGUUCCUGAAAUGGAGGGAGAAUCUGGCAUUUGCAAGUGGGAAUUUCACAGCACUUACAUACCAGGCAUGAUGAAGAAAUUAGUGCAGCGUCGUGUUCUGACUAUUCCAUUACCAAUUUAUGUUCAGGACAUGUUGAUAAUAGGGAGGAAUGAAACGACUUUGCGUUCAUAUUGAGCAUUUUAAAAUCCGACGUUUGUCAAUCAAGGAACAAUGGAGCUCUGGAGGAUACCAAGGUGACAAUGGUUCUGGGGUAUUAAUGACGAUAUUUAGUAAUUUCGAUACUGGUUCGAAGGUUUUAAUGACGACGCUAAAUUGUUUAGUCAGCUCAAAAUAAAUUCUGCAAAUAAUGAGAUUUAUUUUGGGCUUUUAUUGAUCAAAAUAACGAUGCAAACGGUGCUAGUUAUAUUUAUUUUAAGACGUUGCUAUCAUUUUUUGAAAUUUUACAAAAAUGAUCCUACGACAGCGAUAUAAAAUAGAUCCAUCAAAAUGAAACUAGUACCUGAAAUUCACUAAAAUCGG